AAUUACAAUGAAUUAAGUAAAUAUAAAUUUAAAAAAUUAAUACAAAUGUCUAUUUGUCACUAUACCGUUCCGCUGUUCCGCGGAAAUUGUGCUCCAUGUAAUAUAAGGAGAAACAAACUCGCGGAACGACCGCAUCAAAAUCUGUUGUCAAUGAAUUGCUGUGUUAUAUGGAUCCAAACUUGAUGUUGAUGAUUAUUAUAAAGUAUCUCAUACGAUCAAGGAAUGAACCGAUGAGAUAUGCUGAGAUAAGAAAAAAAGUUAUUUCAAUGUUUUAUUUGUAUUUGCGUUAUAAAAAAUUGCAAGACAAAAAAGACCGUGCAAUGUGGGUACGGCCUAUUUUUAUGCAGAGAAGAAGACUUCUGCAAGGUGCCAGCGACAAUCUAGUUGUGGAAAUGCGAUUGACAGAUCCGGAAAAAUAUUUCAAUUACUUCAGAAUGUCACCAACAAUAUUUAACGAAUUACUCAAUAUUGUUGGUCCACUAAUUGAAAAACAACAUGUAGUUCGAAAACCAAUACCAGCCAGAACAAGAUUAGAAGUGACUCUACGAUGGUUGGCAUCUGGCGAUAGCAUGACAUCGCUAUCGUACGCUUUUCGCAUUGCCCAAUGUACGCUAUCACAAAUUAUUCCGGAAACAUGUCAAGCAAUUUGGAUCUCUUUACAGGAGAAAGUUAUGAUUGACCCGACUGAAGAAAACUGGAAUACAAUUGCAAGAGACUUUGAAGCAAUAUGCCAAUUUCCAAACUGCAUAGGCGCUAUCGAUGGAAAGCAUGUCAUAAUUCAGGCACCGCCUUGUAGUGGUUCGUGCUACUACAACUAUAAAGGAAAUCACAGCAUAAAUCUGCUCGCAGUAAGUGAUGCCAAGAACCGCUUCGUCAUUGUUGAUAUUGGAGCUGAAGGAAGGCAAAGCGACGGAGGCGUUUUUGAAAACAGUGGAUUACCAUAUAUACUUGAAACAAAUGCUCUUCAUAUCCCUCUACCAAGGCGUUUGAAUGAUACAGAUUUGGAAUUUCCGUACGUUUUGCUGGGAGAUGAGGCUUUUCCUUUGAGCACAUAUAUGAUGCGACCAUAUCCUCGUAGUGGGCGACUAAAUAUUAGUAGAAAAAUUUUCAAUUACCGCUUGAGUCGAGCAAGGAGAACUGUUGAAUGUGCUUUUGGGAUUUUGGUUGCAAGAUGGAGAAUAUAUCGUCAACCUAUUAUUGCAAACACAUCUACUGUCGUAAAAGCUGUGCAGGCAACGAUUGUCUUGCAUAAUUUUAUUAUUAAUAAGGAAAUGGAAGUAGAACUUGCAGAAAGAAGAUACAGUAAUAUACAAGAACAUGACUUUCUGGCUACAAGUAAUGGACUUAGACGUGCAAGUUAUACAAAUUCUUCACAAAGGUCUAUAACAAUGAAAAUUCGAGACAACUUUACUUAUUAUUUUGAGCAUGUCAAUCCUUUAUCGUGGCAAUUGGACAAAGUUCUAAAUAACGACUUUUGACACAUUAUGUAUAAAUUAUAAGUUUUAAAUAUUACGUAAUGACUUGAA